AUGAUUCGAUCAAUCUUAACAACAGCAGCUAUUUCACUUCUUUUGCUAACAAAUUACUAUCAAACACCAUCCUAAACAAUCAAUGAGUUUGAUAUUUGGUAAUUAAAGCAUUAGAAGAUUUAUAUUGGUGAAGAAAGAAUCUAUAGAGAAGCUGUUUAUCAAGCUAAUAAGCAAAAGAUUGAAAAUCACAAUAAAGAUGAGACCAGAACUUAUGAUAUGGGAGAAAAUCAAUUUAUGGCAUUGACUUAAGAUGAAUUUAUUUCAUUAUAUUUAACUUAGGUGGAUGCUCCAAAAUUAGAAUAAUAAGAACAAAUAGAAGAAAUUUUUGAUACUUAGGAACCACUUAAAUUUGUUGAUUGGAGUUCCUAUACCACAAUUAAGUCAUAAGGAUAAUGUGGAUCAGGUUGGGCUUUUUCUGUCAGUAAUUCCAUUGAAGCUUGGUAUGGUAUAAGAGGAGGAAGAAAUAUUACAGCCUCAGCUUAAUAAUUAAUUGAUUGUGAUGUCUAUUCAAAAGGUUGUUAUCAAGGAACCAAUUAUAAUGCUAUGCAUUAUGCUUAAUAAGUUGGAUUGAUGAACUCUAUGAGUUAUCCAUAUAUUGGAUAAUAAUAAGGAUGUAGAUACAAUAGAGGAGAUUAUAGAAUCAAUAAUUAUUAGUUUGUAGGACGUGAGUAAUAAACCUUGUAACAUUAUAUAUAAAAUUAUCCUGUUUCAGUCGGUGUUGAUGCUUAGAAUUGGUAAUUUUACAAUAAUGGUACUUUUUCUGACUGUGGAUAAAAUAUUAAUCAUUAUGUUUUAGCUGUUGGAUUUGAUUUUGGAUAUAAUUGGAUACUCUAGAAUUCUUGGGGUUAUGGUUGGGGAGAAAAUGGAAUCAUCAGAUUAUCACCAGGAAACACUUGUGGUAUCCUCAAUUAAGCAUAUUAAAUUAAUUGA